AUGACCUGUAUAUUUUGUAAAAUCGCUGCGGGAAAUGAUCCAUCAGCAACAUUACUCUAUGAGGACGAACAAAUCGUCGCAUUUAAUGACAAAUAUCCCGCUGCAAAUCAUCAUUUUCUAGUAAUUCCGAAACGUCAUAUUAAAAAUAUUAAUGGAUUUACAAAAGAGGAUCUAGAAUUAGUAAAAAAGAUGAAAGAGAUAGGAUUUCGCAUAAUUUCCGAAAAACUUGGUAACGACGAAUCACCGAUUACCUCUGAUAAAUAUUUGAUGGGAUUCGGUUCACCACCAUUCAAUUCAGUCUUUCAUGUUCAUAUGCACGUUCUAUCAAAACCUGUAACAUGUUAUUGGCCAAGAUCUAUGAAAUUUGGAAAUUGGAUUUUUAGAAAUGUUGAUGAUGUUAUCGCAAAAUUAUAA